UGGAUAGCUGGCCUGACGUACUCUGCCGCCGGAUAGGUUGAUCCAAGCUAAUGUACCUUUUGUUGUGAUUAACCGUUUAGCGGUUGUGAUUCCACGUUAUUAUCAACCAAAGCCGCGUAUCAAUUUUAUUGUAAAAAGAAGAGGAUGAGUGGCGGAGUGUAUGGAGGCGAUGAGGUGGGGGCUUUGGUGUUCGACAUUGGCUCGUAUUCGGUGAGAGCUGGCUAUGCAGGAGAAGAUUGUCCAAAGGCGGAUUUCCCCACGGUGAUCGGGGUGACUCUGGACCGGGAGGAUGGCAGCACUCCCAUGGAGACGGACGGGGAGAAGACCAAGCCGAGCGGCACCACCUACUUCAUCGACACCAACCAGCUCCGGGUGCCCAGGGAAAACAUGGAGGUCAUGUCUCCUCUCAAGAACGGCAUGAUCGAGGACUGGGACAGCUUCCAGGCCAUUCUAGAUCACACCUACAAGAUGCACUUCAAGUCUGAGCCAAGCCUGCACCCGGUGCUCAUGUCAGAAGCAUCGUGGAACACGCGAGCGAAGCGGGAGAAGUUGACAGAGCUGAUGUUUGAGCAUUACAACAUUCCGGCCUUCUUUCUCUGCAAAACGGCAGUGCUGUCCUCCUUUGCCAACGGGCGAUCGACAGGCUUGGUCCUGGACAGUGGAGCCACACACACCACAGCAAUUCCAGUGCAUGACGGUUAUGUCCUUCAGCAAGGCAUCGUCAAGUCGCCCCUGGCGGGGGACUUUAUGAGCAUGCAAUGUAGAGAGCUAUUUCAGGAGUUAAAUGUUGAAAUAGUCCCUCCUUACAUGAUUGCCUCAAAGGUGAGACCUGCUAAAGACGCUGUGCGUGAGGGAUCCCCCGCCAGCUGGAAGAAGAAGGAGAAGCUACCUCAAGUCACACGCUCCUGGCACAACUACAUGUGUAAUACUGUGAUCCAGGACUACCAGGCCGCUGUGCUCCAGGUGUCGGACUCGCCAUAUGAUGAACAGGUCGCAGCCCAGAUGCCCACAAUACACUAUGAGCUGCCCAACGGGUACAACUGUGACUUUGGGGCAGAGAGGCUAAAGAUCCCAGAGGGACUGUUUGACCCCUCCAAUGCAAAGGGUCUCUCUGGGAACACCAUGCUGGGUGUGGGCCACGUGGUGACCACCAGCGUGGGCAUGUGUGACAUAGACAUUCGACCGGGUCUGUACGGCAGCGUGGUGGUGACGGGGGGAAACACACUUAUCCAGGGUUUCACAGACCGACUCAACAGGGAAUUGUCCCAGAAGACUCCUCCUAGCAUGAGGCUGAAGCUCAUAGCCAAUAACACAACGGUGGAGCGUCGCUUCAGUGCCUGGAUAGGAGGCUCCAUCCUGGCAUCUCUAGGAACCUUCCAGCAGAUGUGGAUCUCUAAACAGGAGUAUGAGGAAGGAGGAAAACAGUGUGUGGACAGGAAGUGCCCUUGAUUUAUUAACCCGCCUCCUUCCCCAACCAGAUCAUGUAUGGAUGCCAUCAUUGAAAAAAACACAUGUUUAAUUCAUGUCUUUACCUGGACUCAUAAGUACCUUUACCUGGGGUCAUACGCCGAUGUUUUGUUGAAUUGUUUUUUUGUAACUAUCGUUUGUUCGUCCUUGGUUUUAUAUAGCAAACAUCUACUUGUCAGUGAUAACUUAAACUGUGUUACAAUGCAGACAUUUAGUCUGUGUAUUUGUGAGGGGUCAAUCAAGCAGCCUUAUGGCUGUUCAUAUGUCAUUGAUCUCAAGAAAACAUGUUUGUUGAAAUGGGUUUCCAAUUGCCAUAGAACGAUAUUGAAGAUAAGACGUGCAAGGUUUCUGCAGGAUAUGAAUGCUAUGAACAUUCAGUUUAGGUUUGUUUUGUAUAAAAGCGAUUCCUCAAGUAAGCUUUUCAUAGGCAGGAUUCAGCCCUCUCUCCUUUUGCGGUGAGUGACUUCAAAUACAAUCUGUAUUUAAUUUUUUAACUCAUUUGCAAUGGUGUCUUUUGAAAUUAAAGUCUUUUGUUAUGA